AUGGCUACAUGUGUUGGCGGCAAUCUGAAUGUCAAAAACCAAACAUUAGUCGAACACGCUGGACCCAAGCCGUUGGACGUCAAACCCGUUGGACGUCAAACCCGUUGGACGUCGAAGCCGUUGGAUGAGCGCAUCAACCCGUUGGAAGUCGAACACGCUGGACCCAAACCC